AUUCUGGGAAUUGUAGUCUCCGUAGAAAAAUAGCUGCUUGAUCUGCGUGGCGUGGGUCUGAAGCUUCUGAGAAGAUGAAUGGGAAACGACCAGCUGAGCCCGGACUCGGCCUGACGGGGAAAAAGAAAAAGAAGGAGGUGAUGGCGCAGUUUUCGGAUGCUGUCAUCGAGGAAAUCUUGAAAAAGCAAGUGGCUGAGGCCUGGAGCCGCAGGACGCCAUUCCAUCACGAAGCCAUUGUCAUGGACAUGGAACCCUUUCUUCACUGCGUGAUCCCAAACUUCAUCCAAAGCCAAAGCUUCUUGGAAGGGCUUCAAAAGGAACUUUUGAACUUGGACUUCCAUGAAAAGUAUAACGAUUUAUAUAAGUUUCAGCAGUCUGACGAUUUGAAGAAGAGAAAAGAGCCUCACAUCUGUGCUUUAAGGAAAAUUCUGUUUCAAGAUUUCCGGGCUUGGCUUUCUGACAUUUCCAAGAUUGACCUGGAAUCAACCAUUGACAUGUCCUGUGCUAAAUAUGAGUUCUCAGGCUCCUUGCAGCUCUGCCGUUCGGUCCUUUACAGCAGAAGGACGCAGUCCAGGACGCACUUGUCUCUAGUCCCGCGCAGCCUGGACCAGCUCCUCAGCCUCUUCUUGUCUCCUGCUGCUUCUGAAGAUGCCCUGCUGUGCCACGAUGAUGAGCUGGAAGGGCGCCGGAUCGCCUUCAUCCUUUACCUGGUUCCCUCCUGGGACAGCAGCUUGGGGGGCACCCUGGACCUAUACAGCGUUGAUGAGCACUUUCAGCCGAAGCAGAUUGUCAAGUCUCUCAUCCCUUCGUGGAACACACUGGUUUUCUUUGAAGUGUCUCCAGUAUCCUUUCACCAGGUGUCUGAAGUCCUGUCUGAAGAAAAGUCGCGUUUGUCUAUAAGCGGCUGGUUUCAUGGUCCUUCACUGCCCAGGCCUCCCAACUACUUUGAACCUCCCAUACCUCGGAGCCCUCACAUCCCGCAAGAUCAUGAAAUUUUGUAUGAUUGGAUCAACCCUACCUAUCUGGACAUGGAUUACCAAAUUCAAAUUCAAGACGAGUUUGAAGAAAGGUCUGAAAUCCUCCUAAAGGAGUUCCUGAAGCCUGAGAAAUUUGCAGAGGUCUGUGAGGCUUUGGAGAAAGGAGAUGUGAAAUGGAGCAGCCGAGGUCCCCCCAACAAAAGGUUUUAUGAGAAAGCUGAGGAGAGCACGCUUCCCGACCCCCUGAAGGACUGCAUGGCAUUAUUUCGCUCUGAGGCGCUGUUCUUGCUGCUGUCCAACUUCACAGGCCUGCAACUUCACUUCUUGGCCCCUUCAGAAGAAGAUGAGGUUGAGGACACAAAAGAGGGAGAAGCAUCCUCGGCUCCUGAGAGCACUGAAGAAGAAACAAGCUGUAGCUCCUCUAAGCCAAAGAGUACUCAGGUGGUCAACGGCUACAACAGCCAACAGAGCAGUGAGCAGACAGACCCAGAGCCAGCGGAAAACGAAGCCCAGAAAAAAUCAAGUGUUCCCACAUGCCAGGGGGAACUGCGGCAUUGGAAGACUGGUCACUACACUUUAAUCCAUGACAACAACAAGACUGAAUUUGCGCUGGACUUACUUCUUUACUGUGGCUGUGAAGGCUGGGAGCCAGACUAUGGUGGCUUUACUUCCUACAUUGCCAAAGGUGAAGAUGAAGAGCUGCUCACGGUGAAUCCAGAAAACAAUUCUUUGGCAUUGGUCUACAGAGAUAGAGAGACUCUUAAAUUUGUCAAGCAUAUUAACCACCGAAGCCUAGAACAAAAGAAAACCUUCCCAAACAGAACAGGUUUCUGGGACUUUUCAUUCGUCUAUUAUGAAUGACAGGGCUGGGCAAAGCUGAAAAAAGAGAGACGCUUCAGUACUGGCAAGUCUGGAAGAGCUGGUCUGGCAUCGAGUGGAGGAGAGCUAUGCGGUAACCUGACAGUGUUCUUAAAACUGUGUGUGGUUGUCCUUUCAUAGGACUCACGGGAUUGUCCUUAAUGUCGACCUUCAGCUUGGAUAUACAUACUUAUCUCUUCAAUGAAAAAAAAUUUCUGUCUUUUUCUUUAAUAUUCAGUUUUUCGUUUUCCAUAUUGACUUCUUCAGUGAUUUAAAAAAAAAAUUGUGGUAAAAUAUACAUAAACCAUUUUUAGUGUAUGGUUCAGUGGCAUUAAGUGCGUCCCUUACACAUUGUUGUGUAACCUUCACCACCAUCCAUCUCCAGAACUUUUACAUCUUCCCAAAUUGAAACUCCGUCCCCACUAAACAGUAACUGCCACUCCUUCCUACCCCCAGCCUCUCGCUACCACCAUUCUGCUGUCUGUCUCUGAAUCUGACUACUCACAUUCCUCGUGUAAGUGGAAUAAUACAAUAUCUGUCCUUUUGUGAUGGUCUUAUUUCACUUAGCAUAAAAUCUUCAAGAUUCAUCCAUGUUUCCAAUAUUUUUCUUUUUAUACUCAUAAGCGAUUGCAGAUUCUGCCCUUUCUAAUCACACUGUUUUAGAAAAUUAUAGAACCGUACAUCCUGUUCAUGCUGGGCCCAUUACACUUCUCUCCACUGCCUCUGGCUGUGACUCUCCCAGGACAGGGUAGACGUAGAUGAUGUGUAGGGUUCUUCCUUUGGCCCCAAGAGACUUCUGGCUAGUAAAGAAGGGCUGCCUGUGCCGUAUGCAGUCUUCCCAUCCUGGAGUUGUGGCUCCUAUAUAACUCAGUGGUUCUAACCUGACAUACGGCUUUCAUUUUCCCAAAUACUGUAGGGUCAACUGUAAAACUGGUUGCCUCUGUUUUUUCUUUAAGAGACCACAUGCUUAAAGGCCACAUCAGAAUGGCAAGAAACUAUCCAUUUUAGUAAUUCCUUUUUCCCUGCACUGUUCUGGGGGUUAUGUAAUAACUAGUACCGAUGUGUGUGGGUGUGGAUGGGUGGGUCCAGGUGUCAUUGCAUUUUCAGCUGAAAGAUGCUAUUCUCAUUUUAUUCCAA